AUGGAGACCUUCUUGGGGGAAGGCUGCUCCCUCGAGUGUCCCUCUGCCUCAGUUUCCCCACCGGCAUACUGGGCAGUUGGGGGGGAGGGAGUGAUGGCAGCACCCCCAGGGGUGUGUCGAGGGUUCAGUGAGGGACAGCAGUGUCUGGCACACAGUAGGUGCUCAGGAAGUAGAGAGGUCCUGGGGUUUGAGGCUGGAGAGCUGGGCAGGGCUCAGGGCAGGGCCAGACCAGGUGUCGGUCACCAUCUCCGUCCUGUGGGCGUCAGCUUCCGGAGCCCACCUGGGCCACGGGGCACCCUCCUUUCCAUUCCCAAAAGGAAGUUUGCCCUCCGGGCUUGCACCCAGGUCCCCGCCAGGGCUCUGGCCCCAGCUGAGCUUCUCCGGACCUGGGGCAGCGCCCACUCCCUGCUGGGGGAGCCGCUGGAGGGUCCCGGGCACGGCGGAGGAAGGCGGGGUGCGCGGGCAGCGCCCCCGCCCGUUUCCCCUUCCUCCGCCGGUGCUUCCUCUCCCGGACGGCCCUUUGUUUGCCCGGCGUGCGGGAUGGCCUGUGGUUAUAUUUAG